CUUCAUACCUUAUCAAUGCCAAGCACAAAAGAAGGGAAUAUUGCAGAUGUUAGUAAAUGGGAGGAAAAAGAUCAUGUCAAAAUCAACAUUGCAGCCGAUCGGAAAGACAUAGAGCUGAGCAUUGAGGACGCAAGCAAGCUAAAAAUCAAAUAUAAGAAGCGUCUCCAAAUGAUCAUCCCAAAGCAGCAAGAAUCUAACAGCUCUGACACCAAUGAAACUCAGCCAGUGAAUACUACUAGCAUCCCAAAGGAGCAAGAAUUUAACAGGACUGACAUCGACAAAACUCAACCAAUGAAUACUACUAGCAUCCCAAAACAAGAAGAAGAUAGCUCUGACACCAACAAAACUCAGCCUAUGAAUACUACUAGCAUCCCAAAGCAGCAAGAAUCUAACAGCUCUGACACCAACAAAACUCAGCCAGUUUAUACUACCAGCAUCCCAAAGCAGCAAAAAUCUAACCGCUCUGACACCAACAAAACUCAGCCUGUGAAUACUACUAGCAUCCCAAAGCAGCAGGAAUGUAACAGUAUUGACACCAACAAAACUCAGCCUAUGAAUACUACUAGCAUCCCAAAACAAGAAGAAUCUAACAGUUCUGACGCCAACAAAACUCAGCCUGUCAAUAUUACUAGCAUCCCAAAGCAGCAAGAAUAUAACAGUUCUGACACCAGAAAAACUCAGCCAGUGAAUACCAUCAGCAUCCCAAAGCAGCAAGAAUUUAACAAUUCUGACACCAACAAAACUGACCAGUUUGUGAAUACUACUAGCAUCCCAAUGCAGUAAGAAUCUAACAGCUCCGACACUAACAAAACUCAGCCACUGAAUGCUACUAACAACUCUCCGGCUGCGAAUACUUCUUACAACCCGGAGGUCACGAUUGAUGAGUCAGAAAAAGGUGCUAGGAAAGGAGGGAGUAGUGAACAAAAAGGAAAUGAAACUAUGUUAGAAAAUGUCAUGACCAAGUUGAAGUUGUGCAAGGGGACCGUUAUAGCGGGUUUUAUAGCCUUUUCAUUAGGGUUUUUGCUGCGUCCAAAAUUCAAAGUAGCUGGACAUUGAUGGAAGGAGUUGGUGAAUCAAUCAACCUGCAGUGUUUGUUUAUGAUGCAUUUGUAUAUUCACUCAUUCAUCUCAUGGUUGUACCC